AUGAUUAUUUUCUUUCUUCUUCUAUUUGCUACUUUGAUGAAUAAUUUCUCAUCAAUUCAAAUUCAACCAACAAUAAAACAAUUUCAAGUAAUGGAAAAUUGUCCAAACGGUACAAUAGUUGGUUUAAUUCCAACAUAUUCAUCGAAUCAUCGAAUGAUUUUACUUGAUGAUGCUCAUGGUCGUUUUAUUAUUAAUUCAAAAGGUGAAAUAAUUGUAAGUGUCUUUAUUUUAUUCUUUUUCGUAAACUAUAAUUCUAAAUACUAUAUAAUAAUUUGGACGGAAUUAUAUAUUUUUCUUUUCUGA